UCUCGGUGGCGCUGCACCUGUGCUGCCUGCUCCUGGCUCUGAUGCAAGGCUACCUGGCCGCUGAGGUCUGCGGGGGAGAAGCGGACAGCUCUCUCCAUUUACGUGCUGUUGGAGUUCGAAAACGAGAGCGCAAUGGCAAGCGCCAGUGUCCUCGCUGGUGGGGUACUGGUGCUCUUCAUCAUUGUCAUCCAUGCCCUGGUGAAGGCUUGGUGUGCGGGCAGGGCCAGACUCCCAGAGCGUGGCACCACACUGUUUGAGAACAACCCCACCCCGAGAGGCGGCUGGCAGGAGCCGGAGCGUUCGGAUCACAGGGAGGAAGAGGAGGAAGAGUCGCACUUGCCGGCUUUCCGCAGAGAGACCGCCUACGAACGCUACCGGGAGCAGAAGGCCUUUUACGUGGCCACUUCGGCGAGCCGUGCCGGCCUUGCAGGGCGUGAUGGGUACGGGCGUUCACAGGCGCUGUCGGCAGAACGUAGCAGGCCGUGUGCCGGGCCGUGGGAUGGGGUGACGCAUGAAAUGAGGCGGGUCCUGGCACGCAAGGGAACCGUCUGCAGGAAGGACUCAACGCUGGUCUGAGCCCGGUGUCGUCAGCAGUGACCAGACUGGUGCAGCCGCUGCCAAUAUUGGCAGAGAUUCCACAGGCGCAUGCGUGACCCCGUUAGUGAAGACUUUUCGUACCACCCUCCCUCGUCCUCCCCCAAUGCCGUCCCUGCCUCACCCUUCUGCUCGGAGAAAGAUUUUGGACUGUGAGUUGCAGGGUCAGCACGGCAUAGGCAAUGGGGCAACAACAGGUAAAUCGACAGGACCAACCUUCUGAAUGAACCAAGAAAGGAACACAGAGCAAUGGAGAAGCAAGCUGGUAAAGUUAAAGUCAAAAUCAGAUAGCAAAAAAGAAAGGGGAAGAAAGACUGGAUUAAGAAAAGAUUGAAAAAUAUAGACAAAUGAAAAGCAAGAAAAAUAUUCAAUUUUAAAAAUCUCUAACAAUUUACUACCUACAGGAAUGAGAUUCCAGUUUCAAUUAUUCCCUUUCAGGGCCGAAGAAGUUGAGCAGGAA